UCUCGACUGCAUACCGUUACCAGCUACAGACAAUAUUACCACCUGAACUUUAAAAUUACAUAGCUAGUAGUGAAUGAAAGAGUCAUGAAAACGUAAACAGAUAUUGAUUUAGCUUUCGAAGACGUAUACUUGAAAUUGUGAAUCUCCAUGAUACUAUCUAUGCUAACAAGUGAAAACAUUACGGAUUGAAUAACCUGUCAACUGACGGAAUAUAAGGGACAGCAAUGGAUAACUUGGACCAACUCUAUGUGGUGAUUUAGUGCCAUAAUGCCAUCAAGAGUAGGGAGUGCUGCGAUAGGCGAGGCUACACAGGGCCCUAAAGAGGUUGCUCCAAUCGUCAAAGAGGGGUACCUGUUUAAGAGAGGGGAGUAUAUACGUAACUGGCGGGCCCGUUACUACAUCCUUAGAGCUGAUGGCGUGUUUCAUGGCUUCAAGUCAAAAGAGGAGGCUCAGACGUCAGCAGAAAUCCAGAAUGACUUCAUGUUACAGGAGGAUGUUAACAUAGUAACCCAAGAAAAGCCCAAGUUAAACACCUUCAUUGUACAAGGAAUAAUUCUCCGUGGUAUGCAGGUGGAUAGGAUAUAUUACACAGAGACAGCAGAGGACCGAGAGGAGUGGAUCAGUGCCAUACAAGCAGUUGUGGAUGCUCUUGGGGUUGGCAACUGGAGAUCUGCUUUCAAUGAACUAGGAGAGAGAGAAGAGAAGAUGUAUGAUAUCUCCCUGCUGAACUCCUCCAGUAAAACAUUAAAUGACCUGCCACCCAAUCUAAUCGUUCGUCCUCUACAGCUAUCGGACUACGAUAAAGGUUUUCUUGAGCUGUUGUCGCAAAGAAGCAACACAGGAAAUAUUUCCAAACCAGAGUUUAGAAGCUUAUUUAAAAAAAUGGCAUCUCCUUCAAAUACCUACUAUGUAACAGUGGUUGAGGAUACAGCUAUUAACCGAGUCAUUUCUACUGCAACACUUGUCACAGAACUCCAGUUUAACCAAAGAAGUCCAAUGGUUGGGUGGAUCAAGGACAUUGUUAUUGACAACAGCAAGGGGAACCAACCACAGCUAAAAAAUGUAUUGGUGAACACUUUAAAGGAUCUUGGGGAAACAUGUGGCUGUAGUCGAGUAGAAAGCAUCAAUACAUCUUUGGGGACACAAGAUGGAGAUAUCUAGUGCAAUAGGAAUGGAGUUGGAGGGGGGUGUGUGGGUGAUAAAUUGUGAUAUUUUAUCUAACUUUUUAUAUAUUUUUUGUCCAACCGUGUAUUGUUAUCAUCAUUAUUGAUGUUGAUUGUAUAAGUAUUAAAGGGUAUUUAUUUUAUACAAGUAGCUAUAGGUACUAGAAAAAUUAAAAAUGUUUACAAUGUAUGCAAUGAUUGACAGUGAUUAAA